GCGGCCGCCACUGCGCACGCGUCCCGCUGCUGGUGUCGCGUUCCCUCGGCGCCUCCAGUCGCGGCACCCAGAUCAGGGGACCCCACCAGGGACCCUUCCGUCUCGCCCGCACCAGCUCCCCGCGCAGGAUCACCAGCAAUCAUCAUCACCAUUACCAGCAGCAGCAGCGAUGACGUCCCGCUCUCGGAACGGGCCCGGAGCCCCGGGUCAGGGUACCCGCUACACGCCGCACACGCCCAAGAAGAGCUCGUCCCGGGAGCUCAACCCAUACCUCUCCGACGUGCGGCCAGAGAACCGGCACACCCUGUGCACCAUCAUGUCGCAGCUGGCGGAGGAGUCAUCUCCGAUGUUUGCCGUGACCCCAAGGUCGCGCGCCGUGAGCGAGGAUACCGACGUGCGCUUCACGUGCACCGUGAGCGGCCACCCAGAGCCCGAGGUCCUGUGGUAUCGUGACGAUGAACAGCUUGACCGGUUCUGCGGGCUGCCCAAAUAUGAAAUCCUGCGCGAGGGAAAAGUGCACACACUCAAGGUGUAUCGGUGCACGGAGGAGGACGCGGCCAUCUACCAGGUGUCGGCGCGAAACACCAAGGGCAUUGUGUCCUGUUCCGCCGUGCUGGAGGUGGCCACCAUGAACGAGUUCAAGAUCCACCAGCGCUGGUUCAACAAACUGAAGGCCAAGGCAGAGGCGCGGCGCUGCGAGGCCGCGCGGGCGCCCGGCAAGGAAAACAAGGGCACGGCAGCGCAUGACGGCGUCACCCCGGCAACGACCGCAGCGGCCGGCACGGCGACCUCCUGGCACCGCAGCCCUGAGUCGCGGACACGCCGCAAACGCCGCUCGCCCGACCUCCGCAAUCCAUCGCCGUCUUCAUCGCCGGCUUCGGUCCGUGCCGAGCGAGCGAGGAGCAGGGCCACCUCGUCGCCCAAGAGGGCGGCGCACACGCCGCAUCUCGGCGGCUCAUCUGAGCCUGGGGCCGGCCCUCCCACUGGGCCCCUUGCAGGGCGUGCAUCUCCGCCCAAGCGGGUCGCGGGUCGUGCCGAGGCCCGCCAGGACGCGGCGGACGCAAAGCUCAACGGUUUCCACGGUGGGCCGGGCUCUGUAGACCGGGAGGCCUCGUGGAAGUCUGGCUCGGUGCGGGGUCGCGGCGAUGGGUCCCACGGGGACCCAGACGAUGGUGGGGACAGCGGUGGUGGUGGCGGCUCAGUGGUGUACAUAAUGGAGACGGUGGAGGAGAUCAUCACCACGCGCCCCGCACACAAACCCGACGCUGCACACUUUCAGAGGAGCAGGGCGACCGGGGAGUCGGCCGCCAUCGUAACCCCGGUGAAGGUCGUGGAUGAAGCAGAACAGCACGAGCGGCAGCGUGAGAAGCAGCCCGAGGAGGAGCGAUCGCUGGACGCAAAGGUCCCAACAGUGGGCGAGUACCUGCGCGAGCUCCUACACGGCGCUCAUGACGGGAGUGAGCCGAGCGACACAUCCCAGCCCACCGAGCUGAGCGCCUCCGAGAUGGAGUCAGAGAAAACGAGCGAGGAUGACACGAGGUCUUCGGCGAGCACCACCCCCACGGAAGUGCUUGGCUUCUCCGCGUCUCCCGCACGGAGCCCCGACGACUUCGACACGGCGAUGAGCACGGGCGGCACGGACGAUGAGACCGGCGGUCACUUGGGGCGGAUGCCGGCGAGCGAGCCUCUGUUCUCGCCGGCGUCGCGCCCCAACGCUGUGGACAGAACCACAGCCAAUACGAGCCCAGGGCAGGGCACAACUGACGUGGAGAGCGAUGCGUGCGAAGAUUUAUAUGACACGGCGGAUGAAGAGAGCGCCACAUCUCCUGACUACAGCUCAGAGGCCGUUGACUCCUCGUCGGACGUGACAGAGGAGUUCGGGGACUCAUACUACACGCUGUCGGAUGGCCUCCCCUCACCCGACUCGGACCGCACGGAGACGCCACUCUACUUCUACUCGCCCAAUGAGACACCCCUGCCGAGCGACGACACGGACACGGCCUCCAGUGGCGGUUGUUCACCGCCCGCGCCUCAUUCUCCACCGGUGACUCCAGCGUGGCCCUGGCCAGCACUGACACCAGCACGGAGGCCAGCAGUGGCUCCGGUAGGAGCAGUAGCCUUCUGGGCAGCCUGGCCUACCUGGCAGGCAGCCCCGAGGCUGCGGGCAUUGCUUGGAAUGCGCGCGCAAACCGCGGGUCAAGUGACGAUGGCGCUUUGCGCGUCGCAGGCACGAGGCGGCAAGGGGCGGCGCCGCGGCCGUUGCAAAGCGCCGGCCUCAACCUGCCGCUGAUCCCGCCCCCCCCCGCGCUGCUGCCAGUUCCACGGUCACCGCGACAGCAGCCAGCGCAGUCACCGGUGGAGUACUACGUGGUGGAGGGCCCGCGGCGCCGUGCCACGCCAGGGCCCCACGGGAGGGUGCGCCGUGACGAGUACUUCCAGACGUC